GCGUGAUUGGCUUGGAAGGACGUGAAUGAUGCCGCUGUGAUUGCCGAAUUGUCUGGGCAGGUUUGGAGCUCUGGUGACCUGUGCAUCCCUCUGCAGAGGAAGAGGAGGGAGAGGCUUGCUUUUUCUGGCCUCUAGCGAUCACGUCCCAAUCAGGAGCCCUGAAGGCCCACCGCAGGCGUCAUCAGCAUGGAGUUCUGAAGUCCAUGUGGCUCCUCGCCGUGAACCAGGUCCUAAGGAAAAUGCAGAGACGCCACAGCAGCAACACAGAGAACGGUCCACCUGAAAGAAAUCGCAGCCAAGCGCUCAGCUCCGAGGCGAGCGUGGAUGAAGGUGGCGUCUUUGAGAGUCUGAAGGCAGAGGCGGCCUCCCCACCUGCGCUCUUCUCCGGCCUCCCCGGCCUCCCGGCGGGCAGCCUGCCCACCGCCCCGUUCCCGUCCAGCCUGGUUCUGGGGGCGUCGGCCGGGGGCGGGGACGUGUUCAUCCAGAUGCCAGCGUCCAGGGAGGAGGGCGGGGGCCGGGGCGAGGGGGCCGCCUACCACCACCGCCAGCCCCUCCACCACUUCCACCAUGGCGCCCACCGCGGGAGCUCGCUGCUGCAGCACGUGGGCGGGGACCACCGUGCUCACUCCGACGAGGGGGGCGACGAGCAGCCGGGGACGCCCGCCCCCGCCCUGUCCGAGCUGAAGGCCGUGGUCUGCUGGCUCCAGAAGGGCCUGCCCUUCAUCCUGAUCCUCCUGGCCAAAGUGUGCUUCCAGCACAAGCUUGGCAUUGCCGUGUGCAUCGGGAUGGCCAGCACCUUUGCCUAUGCCAACUCCACACUGCGAGAACAGGUCUCUCUGAAGGAGAAGAGGUCGGUGCUAGUCAUCUUGUGGAUCUUGGCCUUUCUGGCAGGAAACACCCUGUACGUGCUCUAUACGUUCAGUUCCCAGCAGCUGUACAACAGCCUCAUAUUCCUGAAGCCCAACCUGGAGACGCUGGACUUCUUCGACCUGCUGUGGAUCGUGGGCAUCGCAGACUUCGUGCUGAAGUACGCCACCAUCGCCCUCAAGUGCCUCGUCGUGGCCCUGCCCAAGAUCAUCCUGGCUGUCAAGUCCAAGGGCAAGUUCUAUCUGGUCAUCGAGGAGUUGAGCCAGCUGUUCCGAUCGCUUGUCCCCAUCCAGCUGUGGUACAAAUACAUCAUGGGGGACGACUCUUCCAACAGCUACUUUCUAGGAGGGGUCCUGAUUGUUCUCUACAGCCUGUGCAAGUCAUUCGACAUCUGUGGCCGUGUGGGUGGAGUCAGGAAAGCCCUGAAGCUUCUGUGCACCUCUCAGAAUUAUGGAGUCCGGGCCACCGGGCAGCAGUGCACAGAAGCCGGUGAUAUCUGUGCCAUCUGCCAGGCUGAGUUCCGGGAGCCUCUGGUCCUUAUGUGCCAGCACGUGUUCUGUGAGGAGUGCGUCUGCCUCUGGCUGGACCGGGAGCGCACCUGCCCACUCUGCCGCUCCGUGGCCGUGGACACCCUCCGCUGCUGGAAGGACGGGGCCACUUCCGCGCACUUCCAGGUGUAUUAGGGCUGAAGACUGAGGCUGCAGCUGACGGAUGGCCAGCGUCGCCGGGUCCGGCUCUGGGGACUUCCUGGAACACUGGCCUCGAGCGCUGCCGAUCGUGCCUCUCGCCUUUCUCCACCUCUCCCCCCGGAGCCAGGCCCCUGUCCCGCACCUCACCUUCCUCUCCUGUUCUGGGGCUGAGUGCGGGCCUUCUCCCCCUUGGACCCUCCUGACUCAGAGCUGGCCUCCUCCCGGCAGGGUCUCCUGCCCCCUCCAAGUGAAGGAACUGGGAUACACAGGUCCUGCCUGUUGUUAUUUCUAAUUUAUGGUGUCCUAAUACCUGAUGCUGCCAGCUGGGAGGGGCCUGGCGAU